CAAAGAACAACUCUCAGCCAACAUCUAUUACCAAAACAGAGCUAUUCCUCUGUUCCACAAUGUAAAUGUCAUCCAACUUCCCCCUUAUUAUGCUGUAGAAUAAAGGAUGGUGACAUUAUAAUGGCCUCAAGACAAAGAUAACAAACAUUCAUAUUGAAACUGAAAGUCUCAGUAGUGAAUUGUUUGCAACAGACACAAGGUAAAGAAAAGGACUCCGUGUGACUGUUUACAGUCUGAGUUGAGAGAAACGGUCAGAGGGGGGAGGGGCUGAACACCGUCUGUGGAAAGUACCGGAAGAAUCCACUCCUGACACAGAUGUUGGCAAAAGGACAAACAUGGCAUUUGAAACGACACUUUAUACAGCAGCUGGUUUACUGCUGUUAAUAGAGGUCAGGGGAAGGUGCUGACGGAGUCUUUGGAAAGUACCUCAACCUCCCUGACAAGAAGGAAGGGAAGGUGCUGACGGAAUCUUUGGAAAGUACCUCAACCUCCCUGACACAGGUGAAGGUGGAAGGACACAAGCAUUGAGAUUGAACAUUUGAAAACACUCUUGUAGACAGCAUGGAAAGGCAAAUGAGGCCAGCGAGUUAUGACAUGAGUGGACAACGCAGAGCUUUAUUGCUAAUUGUCAGGGACAAGGAGAAGAUGAAGAGUAACCGUUGCAGUUUUGAAGUUGACCGUCAAACAAUGGAGAAGUUUUUUGAGGGGUGUGGUUUCCAGUAUCGCAGUGUGCUGGACGAAACAGCUCAGGAAAUGAAGGAGGAAGUAAUUAACUUCAGAAACAGCAUCAACAGGAGCAGCGGGAACAUCAGCUGUGUGUUUGUGGUGACUUCGUCUCACGGACACCGGGACGUCAUCAUAGGUGCAGAUAAAAAGACCCUGGCAGUAAAAGAUAUAAUCGAACCGUUUGGAGACGAGCUGUGUCCCAAGAUGAAGGGGAAACCUAAGGUCUUCAUCAUAGAUGCCUGCAGGGGGAGUAACCAUGAUACUGGAGUUCACUUUGAUUCUGCUGCUGAUGAAAAACGAUCAAAGGAAGCCAUGGCCACAAAAGAGUACCGGUCCACUCGGGUGCCACCGUGCAUCAAUGACAUGCUGGUUGCAUAUGCAGCCAUGACAGAUUACGUGGGCAUGAUGAACAGCACCUUUGGGUCACAUAUGAUUUACAACAUUAGUCAAGUGUUUUCCUCACCUGGUGCAGCAGAAGAACAUGUCUACAACUUGUUUGUGAAGGCCAACGCAAAGAUGGUGGCAACACCCGUAGAUGUCACAGUCGAUGAAGGGAAGCCGACUCAGAGAACGGAACGUCGUAAAAUAAUUAUGACAAUGGAAUCCACCCUCAGGAAAACCCUUUACUUGAGAAGUUCAAAUGACUCUGGUGUUAAAACUAUUGAACAGAAGGGAAGGAAGUAGAUUUAUUUGAGCUUCCUGUUCUCAGCAUUACAUGUUAUUUCCUUGCUCUAUUUGUCUACAAGAUCUUCCCAUUGUAAUAUUCCUCCAUUUCUUUGGGCAUUUUAAGAAAUUCUUAAACCAGUAGUCAAAUAAAUGUACAGAUUCUUCAGUGGUCACUAACCUUUAAUCUACCACUCAGAUGUUUGUUUUUUUAAACACGACUUAAAAAAAAUCUUGAGCCUUAACAUGAACCAUUUAAAGACAGGAGCAUUGGGGUUUGUGCAGUAGGCAAGGCACAAUGCAUUAUCAUUGCAUAUUGGCUUAGAAUUGCCCUGCCAAUGCUGUUCUUCACAGACCAUUUUGAAGUUUAUAUGAUAAAUGUGUAGGUAUAUACACAUCACCACGUGUUGUAUGACAUGUGAGACACAGCUUAGUGAGCGUGGUCAUUUCUGUUUUACUGGACUGAUGGCCUGCAGUCUGAGGGGAGAGAGGGAAGAGGCUGCCUCUCAUCUGACUCACCGUCUCUCUGCUCUCCCUCCCUCCCGUUAGAAAAGGGGACACAGCUGAGUGAGCGUGGUCAUUUCUGUUCUACUGGUCUGAUGGCCUGCAGUCUGAGGGGAGAGAGGGAAGAGGCUGCCUCUCAUCUGACUCACCGUCUCUCUGCUCUCCCUCCCUCCCGUUAGAAAAGGGGACACAGCUGAGUGAGCGUGGUCAUUUCUGUUUUACUGGUCUGAUGGCCUGCAGUCUGAGGGGAGAGAGGGAAGAGGCUGCCUCUCAUCUGACUCACCGUCUCUCUGCUCUCCCUCCCUCCCGUUAGAAAAGGGGACACAGCUGAGUGAGCGUGGUCAUUUCUGUUCUACUGGUCUGAUGGCCUGCAGUCUGAGGGGAGAGAGGGAAGAGGCUGCCUCUCAUCUGACUCACCGUCUCUCUGCUCUCCCUCCCUCCCGUUAGAAAAGGGGACACAGCUGAGUGAGCGUGGUCAUUUCUGUUCUACUGGUCUGAUGGCCUGCAGUCUGAGGGGAGAGAGGGAAGAGGCUGCCUCUCAUCUGACUCACCGUCUCUCUGCUCUCCCUCCCUCCCGUUAGAAAAGGGGACACAGCUGAGUGAGCGUGGUCAUUUCUGUUUUACUGGUCUGAUGGCCUGCAGUCUGAGGGGAGGGACGGAAGAGGCUGCCUCUCAUCUGACUCACCGUCUCUCUGCUCUCCCUCCCUCCCUUUAGAAAAGGGGACACAGCUGAGUGAGCGUGGUCAUUUCUGUUCUACUGGUCUGAUGGCCUGCAGUCUGAGGGGAGAGAGGGAAGAGGCUGCCUCUCAUCUGACUCACCGUCUCUCUGCUCUCCCUCCCUCCCUUUAGAAAAGGGGACACAGCUGAGUGAGCGUGGUCAUUUCUGUUCUACUGGUCUGAUGGCCUGCAGUCUGAGGGGAGAGAGGGAAGAGGCUGCCUCUCAUCUGACUCACCGUCUCUCUGCUCUCCCUCCCUCCCGUUAGAAAAGGGGACACAGCUGAGUGAGCGUGGUCAUUUCUGUUCUACUGGUCUGAUGGCCUGCAGUCUGAGGGGAGGGACGGAAGAGGCUGCCUCUCAUCUGACUCACCGUCUCUCUGCUCUCCCUCCCUCCCUUUAGAAAAGGGGACACAGCUGAUGGUGAAACUCAAGAGCGUUAUUUCUGCCUCCAUGUUGUUACUCCUGUGACCAGAGGAAGUGAAAUAUUCCUCCACAUUAAAAAGACUGCAGUGCUGGUUGUAGCGUCAGUGGAAGUAGGAUGAAAGUCGUGCAUAACAGCAAACAUGAACUUCCUCAUAAAAACAGCAGCUCUUUGCUGUCUUCAGUGAGUCUCUCUAGUUGUGGUUUUAAACGUUUUUAAAAUCUCACGGUGUAAACGGUGCUUUUCGAGGCUUCGGUCUGUAGUCUACGGCUCCGAGGAAACUGUGCAGACACAGUGAUUGGUCAGCGUUAGGCCUAUAGGUGCACUUCAUUUGCUCUCUGGGCCUGCCGGGUAGGCGGAGUUUUACCUUCAGACACAAGAAAUGGUUCAAAAUGGGAACACUUUGCCUUCCCUGACGCGAAGGCUGCUGAAUCAAGUGCACCUAAACGCCAACAGUGUCAAACAAAAAAAUAUAUAAUAUAGCGCUUUAUCCACAGAGUUUCUAAACCCAGAGGCGCAACAUCGGGAGACUUCUGUGAACACUUGUGAAACAGAUGAAACAGACCAGACCGGGGAAACAGACCGGGGAAACAGACCAGACCGGGGAAACAGACCAGACCUGGGGAAACAGACCAGAACUGGGGAAACAGACAAGACCUGGGGAAACAGACCAGACCGGGGAAACAGACCAGACCGGGGAAACAGACCAGACCGGGGAAACAGACCAGACCUGGGGAAACAGACCAGACCGGGGGAAACAGACCAGACCGGGGAAACAGACCAGACCUGGGGAAACAGUCCAGACCGGGGGAAACAGACCAGACCUGGGGAAACAGACCAGACCUGGGGAAACAGACCAGACCUGGGGAAACAGACCAGACCGGGGAAACAGACCAGACCGGGGAAACAGACCAGACCUGGGGAAACAGACCAGACCUGGGGAAACAGACCAGGGAAACAGACCAGACCUGGGGAAACAGACCAGACCUGGGGAAACAGACCAGACCGGGGAAACAGACCAGACCUGGGGAAACAGACCAGACCUGGGGAAACAGACCAGACCUGGGGAAAUAGACCAGACCGGGGAAACAGACCAGGGAAACAGACCGGGGGAAACAGACCAGACCCCGGGGAAACAGACCAGGGAACAGACCAGACCGGGGGAAACAGACCAGGGAAACAGACCAGACCGGGGGAAACAGACCAGACCGGGGAAACAGACCAGACCGGGGAAACAGACCUGGGGAAACAGACCAGACCUGGGGAAACAGACCAGGGAAACAGACCGGGGAAACAGACCAGGGAAACAGACCGGGGAAACAGACCAGACCUGGGGAAACAGACCAGACCGGGGGAAACAGACCAGACCAGGGAAACAGACCAGACCAGGGGAAACAGACCAGACCAGGGAAACAGACCAGGGAAACAGACCAGACCGGGGGGUUUGACAAGUCAGUGAGAGAAGUGGAAAGUUUUUCCUUAGGUGUACCUUUUCUCCUGAUCUAAAGGAACAUCUUUUUGAGCCAAUGUCUUCAGUAGUUGAACGUGUCUUUACUAGAACCUUGUGAAAGUGGGCAAACUGAAACCUUUUAAUUUUUUAGUCAAAAACAACGUUAUAUCGAAAGGAGUGCUUUUGAAUCGACGGUCUGCACAUGCUCAGUUCAGUGCCAGACGGCCGUUAGACCCGAUGACGUGUUCCUAUGCAUGAGCUUAGCUAGCCAACGUCGCCAUGACAUCUCAAACAAGUGCGAUCUGGGAUUUCUAUUGGAGAAGCAGUAUUAGUCUUCAUACUGUCUCUGGUUUAUCGGUGUGUUUUUUAAAGAAGUGUUUGGUGUUGCCUUGGAGACCAGUUGGUGACCACUGACUUAAACUGUUAAGUUGCAACCAUUCAAUACCUUUUUUUUGUGAAAAAUGUCAUUGUUGUUAUAUUUGAAUGUUUUCUUCUCGACACUAUAGAGAAAUAAAAAGCUUUCACAUGAUC